AUGGCACUUCCAUACAGAGGUGCCAGCCAGAGCACGGGCGGCCACCAGACGCCGCAACGGAAGGGAUCUGGCAUGGACCCGAGAAAUGCCAUUAAUCCCAAUCAGACACAUUACAUCGGUAUUGAUGUAGGUACUGGAAGUGCGAGAGCCUGUAUCAUCAACGAGUCCGGCGACAUCGUCGGCCUCGCGUCAGAGAAUAUCGGACUAUGGCAACCUCAGACGGGGUGGUACGAACAGUCCACCACCGAUAUAUGGCGCUGCAUCUGCGAUUCUGUGAAGCGAGCAGUUACACAGAACAACAUCGACGUGACCACAGUCAAAGGCAUUGGCUUUGACGCCACCUGUUCAUUAGCUGUGUUCACGCACGAUACCGACGAGCCUGUCUCGGUGACCAGUCCCAACUUCAACGAGUCCGGGAAUGACCACAAUGUUGUGCUAUGGCUCGACCAUCGGCCAGUGGAAGAGACUAAGAAGAUCAAUGCCACCAAACAUAACUUGCUGAGGUAUGUCGGCGGGACAAUGAGUAUAGAGAUGGAAAUGCCAAAGGUCUUGUGGCUGAAGAACAACAUGCCGAAAGAGCUCUUUGAUCGGUGCAAGUUUUACGACCUCACAGAUGCUCUGGAGCACCUGGCCACAGGCAACGAGAAGCGAAGCUUCUGCUCGGUCGUGUGCAAACAGGGCUACGUUCCUGUGGGCGUUGAUGGCUCAGUGAAAGGAUGGCAAGAAGACUUCCUGACAGAAAUUGGAUUGCCAGACCUGGCCGAAGACAACUUCAAGCGGAUGGGAGGAGUCAAUGGAGUAAACGGCGAAUAUCUGUCAGCAGGUGAACUCGCUGGCUACCUCUGCGAGAAAGCUGCCUCAGAGCUCGGCCUGCCCGCGGGCAUUGCAGUCGGCAGUGGUGUCAUCGAUGCAUACGCUGGAUGGAUUGGCACGGUCGGCGCCAAAAUCUCCACCCUGGGCGACUCACUGGACAGUACCGUGGCCAAGAACGAUCAGUCUCAGGCCUUCACCCGCCUUGCUGCCGUGGCAGGCACUUCCACAUGUCAUUUGGUCAUGUCCAAGGAUCCUGUCUUCGUCGAUGGUGUCUGGGGCCCAUAUCGCGACUCCAUUAUCCCUGACUAUUGGAUGGCUGAAGGUGGACAGUCGGCAACAGGCGAGCUCCUCAAGCACGUCCUCGAGACACAUCCCGCAUACUCAGCGGCUCUAAGCGGAGCAGAAUCAUCCGCCAAAAGCAUCGCACACCUCGGCAAGCACUUCUUCCUGUAUGGCGACCUCUUCGGCAACCGCUCACCUAUCGCUGACCCGACAAUGUCCGGCUCUGUGGUUGGUCUGUCGUCCGACAAGUCAGUGGACGGUCUGGCGUUGUACUACUACGGCACAAUGGAAUUCAUCGCACUACAAACACUCCAGAUCAUCUCGACCAUGAACAAAUCCGGGCACAAAAUCAGCAGCAUUUUCAUGUCAGGCUCACAGUGCCAAAACGAUAUUCUGAUGUCACUUAUCGCCACGGCUUGCGAUAUGCCAGUGAUCAUUCCACGAUACGUCCAUGCUGCGGUGUGUCAUGGAGCAGCUAUGCUAGGCGCAAAGGCAGCAUCAGCGGACCGGAAUGGUAUCACGGAAGAUCUAUGGACGAUUAUGGAUCGGAUGAGCAAGCCGGGGAAAACCGUCACGCCCACCAAGACUAAAGGUGUCAAGGGGUUGUUAGAUGUCAAGUAUAAGGUGUUUUUGGAGAUGUGUGAGCGGCAGAGAGUGUUUAGGUCGAUGGUUGAUGAGGUUGUUGAUAAGGAGUGA